AUGAUUAAUUCAGAUUUAAAUGGAAAUAAUUCAGCAGCUGAUGAUCCUGAAGAUGAUGCUCAAGCUUCUGGUUCUAAAAUAACACUACCUAUUAGAUCUACUGAUAUUUUUGCCUCACUCAAAUACUCAUCUAGUAUGGAUUCAGUCUAA